AAUCGCAAAACAAAGACUGGUGAAAUUCCCUGAUGAAGAUUCGACGUCCCGCACGGAUCCCACCAGUAAUAGUUCCGACACAGAAGUGGCCAAGUUUGAUGAGGCUCAACGCAUCCUGCAAGAAAUAGAGAAGAUUAACCACGCAUUGGGUUAUGUUCGGAAACAACCUGAACAGUCCAAGCUUCCACCUAUUCUGGACUCAAGCCAGUAUCUGUUUCCCAAACCGGCAAUGCAACCCUUCCAUCAGCAAAAUCAUCAAACAUCUGGCAUGAAUGGCGGGACAAUACUAAUUCCAUCUAUAAGAUCCGUUCCGCUGCACAGUCAAUACAUUACUCCCUAUACAAAUUCUAAAUCCAUUGCCUUCGAUGCAGCUCCGCCCAAGCAUCACCACGCCAAAAAGAUUGAAACAAAAUACAAUACACACAUUCUCCACCCGAACCAGGCAGCCCAACCAACACUGCCAGAAAUCGACAAACAAGUUAAAUUGCGUACACAUUUCCUAAUACCGGUACGUCUCUACAGACUCAGUAAAGAUGAGUAUAUUCAUAUGAACGCACCUGAAGAAUAUCGUAUGAAGGGAUAUAAAAUUGUCGGUGAUAUUGGCGAUUUCUAUGGCAAAGCUAUUCAAAAGAACAACGCGGUAGCGUUGAACGAAGAUUCGCAAAGCUCUGAAAUAAAAUUAAAAGCAAAGGAGCAAUCAUCCGAAAAUAGUUCGAGGGAGGAAAAGGUGAUUGGCAUUCAAAGGCCUUAUAAAAUACAAACGACAGCAACAAGUAGCAGCAAUGGCGGAGGUUCAAGUGCGAAUGUUACAACGCAAAUUAUUCGAAAACGCAUUAUACCUAAACCGCUGAGGGAAAAGGAACCUAGCGUCAGUGAAAUGAUGGAGCAAAUCCAGCCAGCGGCUACCAAUCAAAACACCAACACCCACACCAAUAGUAAACCUAUAGUGAACAAUAGCCCAAAUCAAAACUCGAAUAUUUACAAUGAGAACAAACCAGAUGCGAGUGCGGCAACACACGAGUCAAACCAAUUUUUGCAAAUGCCACCCAAGCCUUUUCUAACAACACAGGCCUACCAGCCAGUACAACCGUUAUAUGAGGUUAUCGGACAACCGCAACAACCGCCGCAGAAAGGGAGUGACUAUCAUUGGAGUGACGAAUCGAGUAACAGUGCUUCAGAGGAUGAAGAGGACAGUUCCGCUGAGCAUGAGGAGAAACAAAUAUUUGGCAACCGACACAAUGCAGAGCAAACAACACAAAUGGAAGCUAUCAAGCAGGGCGGGAUUAUCAUUCAACGCUUGAAGGUGCGAAAGGGUGGAAUCGCAAUUGCGGGUCCUGGCGGUGUGGCGACCGCCGGUAGUGGUGGCACCGCUAUUGUGGGCCCCGGUGGCUUUGCGCUUACACAUCCACGAAGUCUGACCAUUGCUGGACCGGGGGCCAAGGUGAUCGCCAUUCCAUCUAGCGUGGAUUUGAAAGAUGCUCUCGAAAGAACCAACCUCAACGACCAAAGUAUUCCGCGUGAAGGAAAGAUUGUUGCCAUUGGUCCGACGGUUUAUUAUUCACCGGCGACGGGUGAAGCUGAUUACGUCUUAUGAACAAAAAUGCUGAGAAUAAAUUAUUGUUGUAAUUAAUUAAAAGCGUUAGAUCUAGUGCGUAUUUCAUAAUUAGUUGUAUAAAAACGCAAAUUAUACAUUAAAUUUAAUUUAUUUAAAAAUUAUAUAGCAUUUCAUUACAUUUUGGCAUGCAUAUUAGUUAGACAACACUGAGCACUAAAUUUUCAUGAUUAACAUCACACCACUUAUCUAUUAUUAUUAAUGCCUCUUACCAUCUUUCGCACGCUAAAUACA